CUUGAAGGAACCAUGAUGACGGCAGCGGAAGCAUACGUGGCCGUCAGGACGAUUGCUGAAGUCACGAGUGAGUUGUUGUCGCGCAGCCCGGCAUCCAACUGGGAAGCCAACGAGCGCUACGCAUACCUCACCCGAUGCGCUGCGGAGACCAAAUGGACCAAAACCACACGAGGCAACAAGCACCAAGGUGAGACCACAGACGCAUCAGCUCUGCAGAUCUGUGUGAAACUCUAAUGGUGUAUAAGUGUGCUUGAUUCAGUUGGUUACGUGAGUAGCAGCGGUGUGUGGAUGCCUCAGUGGAUGGCCAAGAUGACACCAACUCAGCUCAAGGAAUGGAUCAUCGACGACCGCAACAGAGUGCCCGACGACGGCAUCGCCACAUACCCAAGCAGCCCAGCGGAAUCAUCCCCCUCUCCUUCAAUGGCGUCUGGCGACCCGUCUGCUGAUGCGGUGGCGCUGCAGCGGUCGCUGAGGGAUGGCGACAUUGGUGGGGCGAUGUCGGCCGUCACGAGGCUUUGUGCCGCCAGAGCCGACCUGGAGGUCUUCAUCGACCAGGUGUGGAUGUGGGUAGUGAGGCUGCCAGUGGAGAUGCAUGGCGUGUGUGCAAUGGAUGAUUGUUUCACCUCUCUGUGUGCGCGCGCGCGCGUGUAUGUGUGUUAGGCUGAGACGAUUCGUCGCGCCAAGCAGUCGAUGGGCGGCACUUUGUGUGAGCUGGGCUUCCCCCCUGAGAGGGUGUUCGCUCUCGUGGAAAACAAGGACAGUCUCGACGCUUGCUUCGCCGAACUCUGCUAGCCUCUGCCUCGCUCAUCGCUGCCCUUUUCUUUUGGGGGGGUGUUGAUGGCUGGUCAUCCGCGAAGAACUGUUGGGUGUGUAGAUAUCGUGUCUUGUUCGGCCUGGCUGACGUUGGUUGAUUCGUUGACUCAUGUAACGUAUCUAUCUACCGCUCUAGCCUGAUGUGGCGAGAUGCCCUUUGCCCUUGUCCAUGCGUGAAACAAAUCGAUCAUUGCCAGAAUCACG